AUGUGGCGUCGCAGCCCGGUGCAAACGGCGACGACGACGGCCCCAACACGGCAGCGAGAGGAUCUUCGUGUUCACGAUGAAUCACAUCGAGAAGCUCGAUCCGACAUUGCUGAGGUGCGGGAGAAUGAACAUGCACAUCCAUAUGAGCUACUGCUAGUUUUCGGCACUCAAAAUUCUGUUGAAGAAUUAUUUAGGAUACGAGGAGAGCGACCUGGAGAUGGAGGCGGUGGAGGAAUUCUCAGCGGUGAUCGACGCAGUGGAGAUGACGCCGACAGAUAUAUAUAUAUACCAUUGAUUUUGUGGAUUGGUGGUUUUCGACCGUCGGAACUUCUGAAGAUUCUGGUGAGCCAGCUUGAGCCUCUAACGGAGCAGCAGCUGCCGGGGAUCUGUAACCUGCAGCAGUCAUCGAACCAAGCAGAAUACGCACUUUCGCAGGGUAUGGAGGCGUUGCAGCAGUCUCUAGCGGAGACGUUGGCCAGUGGUUCGAGUGCGAAUGUGGUUCGAGGGAGAUGA